UUUCUGCACGAAACGCGUUCGUGUCCCCCCCCCGGGGUAUUUCGGUUCGGGAGCGUCCCAGAGCUUGAACGAAAAGAGGCCAUUUGAGCUUGAGGAAGAUGUAUCCACCGCUUGGGUUGUUCGCGGCUCUCCUUGCUGGCUUGAUUCUUGGAAUACAAUUCGGGGAGGCUGCCACGAGAUUUAACUGGCGCUCAGUAAGAAGGAAUUCAAUUAGGCUUCUCCAUGGAUCCCGUGGCAGACAGUUUGGAAGAAUUCAGCGACCUCUCCCUAGCAGUGUUGGGCACACUAACGCCCACUUGCGUUUCAACUUUGUGGACCAGCAGUCCCAACGGUGUCCAAGCUACCGUUUCGCCUGUACCUACACCCAUCAGUGCAUCAGUAAAUCGUGGCGCUGUGAUGGCUACUAUGAUUGUUGGGAUGGAUCCGAUGAGGUCGAAUGUAGUAGGUGUCAUUCCUACGAAUUCGAAUGCGAGAAUGGAGGUUGUAUCCAAUUUGGUCACCGAUGUGAUGGUUACAAUGACUGCGGUGAUGAGAGUGACGAAAGCUUCCUAGAAUGUGGGAUUUGUGACAUUUCUACAAAGUUUGCCUGUAAGAGCAAUGGACGCUGCAUACCACGUGACUGGUCAUGUGACCAUUAUGACGACUGCCUGGAUCACAGUGAUGAAAUUUACUGUUCUAGCGGUAGUUAUAAUGGGAUUUUUAAUGUCUCUGGCAAUGACGAACAGACCACUACAGUCUCAACCACGACACAGUCUCCCGUCACCACUGAGCCACCUACAACAUCCUUACCAGCAUACUGUGACUGGUCGCCGUGGGGAAGUUGGAGCCAAUGCACAGCCAACAUCUGCUACGCAGAGCGGCGGAACCGGACCCGAACCUGCCCGUGCGGAACCGACAAUUGCCCUGCGCCGAACGACGGCACCGGGGCAGGUGACCGGGAGUACAGGAUGUGCCCGCUGCAAAAUUGUCCACAGGACGCAGAUUCCGGAUGCGGCACCCACGCCAAUCUAGGUUCCCUCUUCUCCGCACGAAUCGUCGGGGGCGAGAGCGCGACUCCCGGAGAGUGGCCGUGGCAGGCUCAGCUACGUGUCCGUAACAGCACCGGUCAGUUUGUCUUCGUCUGUGGUGGCUCGUUGGUCGACUGGAGAUUUGUGGUGACGGCAGCUCAUUGCUUCUCAGGGUCCAGCAACCCCAGUAAUUGGUUGGUCAUCCUAGGUCGUCACCAGAUCGACACAGGAGGCACACAGUUCACAGUCUCAGACAUCGUCGCCCACGAAGACUAUAACGUUGGUACGUCAGAGCACGACCUGGCUAUUCUCGUGCUGAGCGAGCCCGCCGAGCCGUCUCGCACCGUCAACACUGUCUGCCUCGACGAACUGGGCGAGAAGAGUUUCAGCAAGGAGUCGAACUGCUACAUCACUGGAUGGGGAUACACUUCAUAUCAAGGUCCAACGUCUACUGUAUUGCAAGAGGCCAAUGUUCCCCUGAUACCACAUGACGUAUGCUCUAAACCAGAAGUCUACGGUCAAUUGGUACUACCCACAAUGCAGUGCGCCGGGUAUCUGGAAGGCGGGGUUGACUCAUGCCAGGGUGAUUCUGGUGGACCGCUCGUCUGCACGACCACAGAUUCAUCGAGUGGCAAGGCACGUUACUACCUCGUCGGGGCCACGAGCUGGGGGAUCUCGUGCGCGGAAAAGAACCACCCGGGCGUUUAUACCAAACUUGCCGACUACACUGAUUGGCUGAGGCAACAAAUGGACAGCCACCCUCCGUCGUAGAGGGAGGACUUUCCAAUUUAUCACAAUCCGUCUGUGAAUACACUGUCUUGAUUCUCGUUUGUCUAUUUGGUCAUUUGGUGAACAGCACAAUUUUGCAACCGCAGAGGAGGUUGGUUUGCUUACCGACGCUGUUUGCUUUAAUCUCCUCUUUCUCUUCGUAUAAUAUAAGAGGUGUAUUAAUGUUUUUGACUUCUAAGCCUAAUUUGUUUGUAUAGACCAUUCUUGUUACAGCGCAAAUAGCCUUUUUCUUGAACAUAGCUUAUGAGAAUCUGUGGGUUAUCUCGUCGUAGUUUUUGACUCUCGUGUAUCCUGGAGUCCGACACGGUUGUUUUGUGUCUUUUCAUAGGUUUUAUCUCUGGUCUUACAGUUAAUUCAACUUUAUUGGACGACGUCGUAGGUUUGGGGCGUACAAAUAUGGGUAAUUUAAUACGACUUUCUAUGACGAGACAUUGUGUAGUAGGAUAAUAUUUCAGAGAAAAAUUGGGGGAAGGUCCCAUAAUAUCGGUACAUGUACUCCGUUGUAAAAUACUAGUAGUGAAGACUUUGCAAUAGAUGCCGUGAAGAUGAAGUCUGCCGUGAAAGACUUACUGCUACCCGUGAAUUCUUGAAAAGUCAAAUGAUACAGACCUACACCGGCGCGUAGGGCGGGGUUUAUUUCCCCACUGCAAAAAUAGAAUUUGAAAUUCCAAUACAAAAUCACGUGGAGAUAUGAUUCCAAUACGAAAUGACGUGGAGAUAUGAUUCCAAUACAAAAUCACGUGAAGAUAUGAUUCCAAUACAAAAUCACGUGGAGAUAUGAUUCCAAUACAAAAUCAAUGGAGAUAUGAUUCCAAUACAAAAUCAAUGGAGAUAUGAUUCCAAUACAAAAUCACGUGGAGAUAUGAUUCCAAUUCAAAAUCACGUGGAGAUAUUAAAAGAAGAUGGGGUAGACUGAAAUACUUUUGUGAUACAUUUGAUGCUUUUGUCGCCUAUUUUCAUCGUACAUUGACCAUCCAUUUGCCGUCCCGAUUUUGCUUCUCAGUGUCAUUGGCCUGAUUGAUUGUAAGAUUUUUUGUUAAUUUAAUGUUUUUCUUUUUCGGUUUUGGUGUGUGUAUUGAUUAGUUGCUUUAACCCCUCAGAUUUUAAUGGAAUAUUCUUUCUCCCUUCCUAUUUAAGUUGACCAGGCCAUGAGUCUUCUUCAGGAACUUUCUCAUUGUAUACACCCCUCCAGUUGGAGUCCUUUCGUGCAGGUCUUUCGUGUAGUGUAGCCGUUUUCUUUCACUGAUAGAAAAGUAUUAUUUCGAGCCAAAUUAGAGAUGGGUGUCCACUAGGAAUUUUUUUCCCGUGUCCUGACUAGUUGGUUAAAUUUUCACUCCAGAUGUGUUGAACAAUAAACCAGUAUUGAAGGUGAA